ACAAGGACACUUUUUCUCUCAGGAGACAUAGAAAUACAAUUAAAGAAUAUUCAAUUUUGUUCAAAUUUAAUAUGACGCUCAAAGUUUUGGAGGAACACUAGUGCCCUCUAGCCUUUGUUUAAGCUAUUGCAAUUAUAAAGCAGAAAUAUUUCAGGUUUUUUUCUUGAAAUGUGUUGAUGACAGCCUGUCAAACACAAGACAUGGCAGUACUGAAUAAUGAAGAACCUUGUGUAAUCACUGUUGUGUAAUAUUGCAUCUCAGACGUGGGGACUUCAUUUGAUUUGUUGCUUCCUACAGAUCCCCAAUUUCUCAAUAAUAAAGAGAUGUCUGACGUGACGUUUCUGGUGGAAGGAAAGCUCUUUUAUGCCCAUAAAGUGCUGCUCUUCACUGCCUCACCAAGGUUUAAGUCUCUGCUCUCUAACAGACCAGCAGCUGAGAACACGUGCAUCGAGAUCAGUCAUGUCAAGUACAACAUUUUUCAGCUGGUGAUGCAGUAUCUCUACUGUGGUGGCACUGAGUCACUGCACAUCAGGAACACUGAAGUUAUGGAGCUCCUGUCUGCAGCCAAGUUCUUCCAACUUGAGGCUCUCCAAAGACACUGUGAAAUAAUCUGCUCCAAGAACAUCACCACUGACACCUGUGUGGACAUAUACAAACAUGCCAAGUUCCUGGGGGCUCUGGAGUUGGGAGGCUUCAUCGAGGGUGUUAUGUCUGAAAAUGUUCAGCAUUGGGUCCCGUUGGACUAUGUUUGGUUAUGCACUGCGAGUGACAGGUUACUGUGCCUUUAA